GUGCCCAGUCCGAAAGAGCGUGCCGGACUGCUGUGCUGUUACGCAACAAACGUGCCAGUCGGUAGGUUUGUAGUAGGUAGGUAGAAAGGUAAUCGUGUACAUCCGGCAGUAAGAAAAAAAAUGAGAAGGAGGGAGAGAUGUGGAGAGAGAUGGAGCAGUUAGAGGGGGCGUACAUCUUUGUAAACGCUCACGGCUCGAAGGCUGGCAGAGCAAGGCUGCUGAUCACAACCUCACAGUAUUUCGAGAGCGAAGAGUGUGUUCACCUCCACGGGGGAUCUUAAGCUUUGUACACAGCGGGAAAUAAGCGCCAAACCUGGACUAAGGAUACUCCUUUUCCCUGUACAUCCCUAAUCCUCAUAUACUGCCGCAGAGGACGCCAUCGGCGAGGAGCUGCAUAGACCUGCAGAAGCCCAGUGGAAGAAUGGUGUGACACAGACGGACAGCUAAAGGGACCAGUCACUGCCAACCACUCGGAGGCAGACCAUGGCCACGUCUCUCCUCUUCCUUGGCUUCCUUCUCUCCCUCCUUUAUCCUUCAGAUGCCCAGACCAUCAUUGGCUCAUCCCCCUCCUUUUCUGUUUCAAACCUCCCGACUAACUCAUCAUCUCAGCCAACCAAAGAGAGUCCUAGAUUCUGGCCUUCUUUGCCUCCCAGAAGGCGCAGCGAUGUGCCUAUCAGAGCUUCAUCCCGGGACAGAGUGACAACUUCAGCUGCAGUGACACAGGGGCAAAGAACAUCCCGUCCUACAGCAAAGUCCACUAGUACUUUUAUAUCGUCUCUCUCUACACAGAACCUCAGCACUGGACCAGUUUUAACUCAACCGACUGCCUCCCGGCCUAGGACUGAUACAGCUAGUUUAGCAAUGAUCACUGCUUUAGCAACAGGAGAUACGGCUACAAAGGGCUUAACUCCACCUGCGCCCACUUUGUCCUCCUCUGCUGUCAUUGAGUCUGCAGGUGUUAAACCUGUGAAAGCAGGAAAUCCACAGAAGGGGUCUGACAGAGAUACAGAGGAUGGUGAUUCACAGGAGCUAGGAUCAGGUAGAAGUCCCACCAUGAUGGAGGAAUCCCCUGUUCCUCCUCCAACAGCUGAUGAUGAAAUGGCACAGUAUCGACCAAAUGCACAGACUGCAAUAUCGGUUUCUGAAGUUUCUGAAGUGAAAACGCCACCAACAGACAGUCCAAACAUAAAGCCUCGCCUGUUUGCUCUCACAACAGUCAAUAUUUCUACCACGCUACAGACUGAGAGCACAGUCACACCAUCCCCUGUAAUAACACAGACUACACCUCAGGCAGUGUUAACAGGUGAGCUGACUGCAGUCACUCCUCCCACUGCCAGAGUUACUCCGAAACAGGAAUCUGCUGCAUUACCCCAAACAACAACUACCACCACUGGAUCGACUGAUAAGCUGGCACAGACUGCAGGACAACCAGUCACUACCACAACACAGCAAACAACAACCGCAUCUACAACCAGGAAGCUCACAGCGACACAAGAGGCUGUGGUGACAUCCGUCAAAGCAAUGCAGCAACCUAACAAAACAGCACAUCAUGGGAGGAAUACAACCGGCUCAAUACAGCCGUCAAAGACAGGGACCUCGUCCUUCCGUGCCACCAUUGUUGCACCCAUUGCCAGGACCAGAUUAAGCCCAACAUAUCAGACUGGAAUCAUCCAGAGGAACCGUUCCAUGCCUUUAGGACAUCCUCACCAAGCUCCCCACUCCACUUUCAAUCCAGCCCCCACACCUAGUCCCAGUCCCUCGCCUAAUAUCACGUUUCUGUACUGGAAUGACCUGAGUCGAACUCUGGCUUUUGCCUGGGAGCUGCACGUGUAUGGCUCAGCCAGCCUCUUCCUCCUCCUGUUUGCUGGAGCUGCUCUUGGCCUCACCAUAUCCCCUAGUGCGAACUGUCCUCAUAGGGGGGCUCUUGCACUCGCCAAUGCUCUGUUAUUUCUGGUCGGAGGUCUUAGGGCGACUUUGUUUCUGAUCGACCCAUAUGGCACAAGGAAAAUCCUCCCCCGUCCUGCAGUAACAGCCCUCUACAACUUGCCUCUUCACCUGCUUGUGUGGGCACAAGCUGCCCUGGCACUGCUUGCAAUGAGGGUGAAAGGAGUGAGCGCGUUACCUUCGACUUUGGAGCGUCCUCCUCUUGUGGCCGUGUUAGCUGUGCUGCAAUGUACCCUGCUGCUGGCAGCUGAUCUGCUUUCGCCAGCCCUGUCCCCUUUAGUGCCAGUCACACUUCAGGUCCUGUCACUGUGCUGGGGUCUGAUUCUCUGUCUGGGCUUUCUCUGCUAUGUCUUUCCACGUUUACGUUGCCCUCUAAAUCCCUACCCUGGAGGCUCUGAAGAGGCCCAGAGGAAGAUUUGGACUGGGAGAAGGAGAAUGGGGGUGAGCCUGGGGAGAGUGCUGGCAGUAGGUUCAGUUCUAGGGGCAGUGUGCUGUGGGCUGCAUGUUCAUGCCACCCUGUGGCUCUAUGGACUGUUAGGGGACUGGACAACCUUUAACUGGGGAUGGUGGCUGGUGCACUUCUGGGCUCGUCUUCUUGAACUGGCCUGGGGUUUCUCCCUGCUUGUCUUGGGUUCCUGGAUGUUCUGGAGGCCUGAAGGAUGCCGGGGAAGAGAUGAGGCUGGUCAAGAAGGCAGAGCAGCAGGAGACCUGCCGUCCCCUGGCCAGUCUCAAGGCUCCGCCCAAAGACAUACCUGCUGGUCUAAGAUAGUUCAGAGCCUGAGAGGAAAGCCCUGUAGAAAGUCUGAUAGCAAUGGGGUAGGAGGAGGUGGAGGAGGAGGAGGGGGAGGAUCUGGAGAGGUUCCUAACAACUGGGCUGGUCAGGAGCGUCCAGGAGCUGACAUCAGUAAGAGUCUGAUCAGGAAUCAGAACCAUGAGCAGCCCCCUGCCCAGCCUCGCUGCGUCAAAGACAGCAACAGGGGACGCAACCAUAGGGGUCACUCUGCAGAACGAGGCAUAUCUGACGGAUCCACAGGCUCCCUGCUGAGACUGCAGGCCAUUGGACGCCCCCCCCAGCGCUCAGUGAGUGGAAGUUUGGAUCAGGAUCGGGACACCUCUCUGUCCUUUUAUGAGUUUGAUCUAAGGCCACCAUCCCCCAUUGAUCUGACCCGCAGCAUUGACGAAGCACUGCACCGGGAGCACCUGCUUGAAGGAGGGAGCUUGUUUCAUCCUCUGAACCUACCCUCACAGUCCCCUUCCCCAGGCUCAGGGGUCAGCCAGGGGCCCUGGCUUCGUAGGAACAGUGAUCCUCAGCUGCUAUCUGAAAGCAGCGAGGCCCCGACAGAGUCUUCCAUGCCAUUGGGGGGCAGUGUUCUUAGCAGUGUGCCCAGCAGACAGGUGACUGCACCCCCAACACCUUCCCACCAGGGUCACAGGAACACUAUGGGAAGCGUCCCUUCAUCGGUGUCCUGUCCUGUGUCACUCCGUCCCUCCACGACAUCAACAGGGAAUCUGGUGGACGACGGAGUAGAUGAUACACGGCCUUUCAUCACUCCAGACUCAGAAAGGGCGCGUGGGAGGGCUGGGAGGCCCGUGGGCUCACGGAGUUAUCUGGAGGUCAGCAGGCAUGAUGACUCUGCCAGUGUCAGCAGUGAAAUAAUCGAUCUAUGAACCAGACUCUAAACAUGAGGACCAAUGACUGCACCUAUUUAACAAAUACUGUUCCUAACAAAGACCUCCUUCAACACAUGUCGGACUCUUUGAACCGUCUAGACAAGGGAAAUAUCUCAAAGUGUCUCUAGGUGAUGACCUUACAGGAUAUCUCUUAGAUGCUUUUUACCUUGUUGAAGGGUUAAACAGCUGUGUUUUUGGAACAGAUAUGGUAUACUUUUACUCUAGGAGUAAAGCUGGGCGAUAUAGCACAGAUCAAACUCAGAACUCUUCCCAUCUAUUUCUCAAGCACACAUUAUUUUUCCAUUUCUCAUCCUGAUUUUCUCCCAAGCAAACACAUUACACCAGAAAGAAUUCCUGUAGUCUAGUAUCAUACUGUCUUAGUUUUAGGUACAAAACUCCCUGUCUGGGAACAGCUCCAGUCUGAGAGUCUCAUCCAGUUUGAUGGCUAAAAGACAAACAUGGUUUUAAGUCUCUGUGGGUCCCUUUUCUAUUGUUUCUGUGAGAAGUAUUUGCAUAACAAGUGUGAAUUUCAUGGGUUUUGUAGUGAUAAUUUGCUGUCUUACACAUUUCAAUUUGGUUUGUGAUGUAAACAUGUGCCAUACAUAUACUUGGUUGGUUCUGUGCUAUUUUUAUAAGUCUAUAAACCCCUUUGUUGGGAUGAACCCUCUGUAGCGUCUUACCCGCAUCGUAGUGACUCAGCAAAAGAUUAAGCUCCUAACAUGCUGUUCUGUUGUCCUGUCUGCAUUGUCUGCUAAUGUUAAACUGGUUUUAUACCUUGAAGAAACAACAGGCACACAUAUGAGAGUGUUGCUUGGGCUUUUAGCUGAAAUUAAUUCUAAAGCCAAGCUUCACCUCUCAAAAUAAUGCAUCCCAUCUUGUUAUUUUGAUGUAUGUCAAAGCUUUUGUAAAGAACAGUCAUGCACCAUGAAAGUCUCUGACUGCAUCUCUGUAGAGUUUGUCUAGGAGUGUUAAAUGUUGUCAUGAUCCUGUUAGUUGCAUUGAAUCAGUUUGUUUACAGUUGAGAUGCUACACAGCUUUGCAAGGCUGCACCUUACAGGACUGGCUUGGCAUGAACCUCAGAUAUAUUAGACCUUACUCAGUAAUGGAGCACUAAACAGUACAGCCUGAGCACUAGACUGAAGUAUUUUACUACCUAAUAGGAAAAUAUAUAUUUCAAUUAUCUGAUGUAUAAGCAGCAGUGUAAAUAAUAUUAUUUUUGAUGUUCAUGAAUAAAGGUGUAUUUGAAACAUUGUAGUUCUUACUGUGAAAGACAAUCCAAAGCGGUACUGCUUAAAUGUCUGAGUUGUGCAGAAAGUUUUGCUGUUUUGACGUUAGAUUGUGGCCUGUUGAGGACAAGUAAAGUUGUGAACGUUACUUACAGAGGCUUUAUCAAGGACAUUUUUGGAUAGUUAAAGUAUUUUUAUGAUGCAAGUUGUGCAAAAUGAAAAGUUGAUGAUGAAAUUAAGCACGAUUUUUGAUUGUUUUAUUUUUCAUGUAAUAAUGACAGAGUUGUUGGAAAUAACAGGCAAAAACACUUCAUUUACCAACUCUCAACCUAUUUAGGAAUCCUUACAAAAGCACAGUGGUUGCCUCGGUUCUCUUACAUUUGAAAAGUUUUGUUCUUACAUCAGAUUUGAAGGGUCUCUUACAAAGUUAUUGCAGGAAUGUCAUCUUCAGUGUUUGUUGCAUAUACUUUGUGAUAUAUAUUUCAAGAUGUAAUAUUUUCAAAAACUUAAAAUAACUUCCAACUUCAGUCCCUGAUAAGAACAGGUCCAUUUGUUAUUUUCCAGUCACCUUAAAGUGACUUUGAGUACCUUCCCAGUGAUGUGUGAUGCUUGACUUGUUCAGUAUUUCAAGUACAAUGGCCUUAUGUUGUUGUCUACAUUCCAACAAACUCAUAAGAUUUCACUCUAUGGUAUGACCUGUUUUCCUUUUUGCCCAGGGUGGUACUCCCGGUGCCCAUGUUGUCCUCUCUGCGAUGCAGUAUGUGCCAUUGAAAAUGCAUUUUUGUGCCCCCUGCAGUCUGUUGUCACAGUGCAACAGUACAGUGUUAUAUUAAUAUGUUUAUUAUGCUCAUUGAACUUUGUUUUGUAUUUCUAGCUGAGUUUCAUGUCUGGAUUCCAAUAAAACAAAGCUUAAAACUUCA